AUGUACUUGAUACUAUCAGUGUUCUCGCCGGGUGUUAUCGAAAUAUGGGAAGGAUUCUUGACAUUCCUGUUUUUCCCAAUCACUGUAUUCACUGCUUAUAUUGCUGAUAUUAAAAUUGUACAAAAGCGUUUCAUACCGCACCGCUACCGACGAACAUCUCGCGGUCUUAUAGCAACAGAGGGCGAGGAAAUGAAAAUGCUGGAAGAAAAUGGCGCCGAUCUCAAGAUAGCGAAGCUAACCCAGGCACAUGAAGACAAGAGAAUAUCGACAUUGUCCGGAGUAGAUGAACCAACAUUUUGUUUCUUGGCUGUUUCAAAAAAUUUGCCACCAAAUUCAUUUAGAUUAUCGAUUUUGGACUCUUGGUGCGAAUAG